AUGUACGACUUCAAUGUGCCCACCGAAUUUGGCCAGGCCACUGUCCGCAUUGGUCUGCCACCUGCUUCCCUUCUGAGCUUCCCUCCCAAUGAGCUCCCAGUGACCAUUCCCGCUCCUCACGUCGACACUGCAACAUGGAAGCAACCAUUCAACAUUCCGAAUGACCUCUAUAACCAGCUCCUCGAUGUGCGCGUCCCAAUUACAAUUGCUAGUGUCUAUGCGAUCACCGUAGUGUUGAUCAAUCGCAUCAAUAAGAGUCGGGGGUAUAAGCCCUACGCGUUCAGCAACACGCGCCUGUUCAAGCUGUUCGUGGUUCUUCACAAUGUCUUCCUGGCUGUGUACUCUGCGUGGACUUUCGUCGGCAUGUUCCAGGCCUUCCGCAGCUCUUUCCCGGACCGCGAUGAUGCCCAUGGCUUGGUUGGUGUUGUGGAUUCCCUGUGUAAAAUCAACGGGCCUCGUGGGUACGGCAACGCUGCUACCUACAGCCCCAUUACCAACCAAUGGUCCAUUCCCAACUCUUCCUUCCACCUGACGAACGGUACGCCUGACCCCACAGAUGUCGGUCGUCUCUGGAACCAGGGUCUGGCAUACUUCGGCUGGCUCUUCUACCUUUCCAAGUUCUAUGAGGUCGUUGAUACCGCAAUUAUCUUGGCUAAGGGCAAGAAGAGCUCAACCCUGCAGACCUACCACCAUGCUGGAGCUAUGAUGUGUAUGUGGGCUGGUAUCCGCUACAUGGCUCCUCCUAUCUGGAUCUUCUGUCUGGUGAACUCCGCUAUUCACGCCAUGAUGUACACAUACUAUACCCUCACAGCCCUCCGCAUCCGCGUCCCCAACCCCAUCAAGCGUAGCUUGACCACUAUGCAAAUUACCCAAUUCGUUUUUGGAACCAACAUGGCCGCCGCCUACCUCUUCGUCCACUACACAAUUCCCUACCCAUCUGGCAGCGCAGUUCUGAACCAGCUCUCCGCAGCUGCCUCUGCCGCAGCCUCUAUCGAAACCGGCACAAUCCCCUGGUUGAAGAAGCUUGCCUUCCGCGCCGCAGGUGCAGAGGGUAUCGCCGAGAACGUCGGCACUUUCCACGCCGCCCCAGUGCAGCAAUCCGGCUACUCCCAGCAGAUGGUGACCUGCAUGGAUACAACCGGGCAGGCCUUUGCCAUCUGGCUGAACGUCUCUUACCUCCUCCCUCUGACCUACCUGUUCGCGCGUUUCUUCGUGCGUUCCUACUUGAACCGCAAGGACACAGGCAUCAAGCAGCCCACCCACAUGGAGGCCGCCGAGAAGGCCGGUAUGGACGCAUUGAAGAGUCUCAGCCGGGAGAUCCGCAAGGCUGCCAUUGAGGGCGAGAACAGCGAGUUCACCACCGAUGACGAGGUGAUGAAGGCUCGUGUGCAGAAGAUCGCCGAUGCUUCGGUCCCCGACUCGCCUGUCCGCACGCGCUCGGCUGCUUCCAAGAAGGCUUCGGCUUCCGCUAGUCGGUCGGAGUCUGAAGAGGGCUUCGCUACCGUGCCUUCGAAGAAGGGGGCCAAGAAAAGCAAGGCUGAGAAGGGUUCCUCUCCCACUACUAAAGUCGAUGUCGAGAACCCUUUCGGUGUCCUUGAUAACAAUGCUUGA